AUGGACGUCCGCCUGUACCCCUCGGCGCCCGCGGUGGGCGCGCGGCCCGGGGCCGAGCCGGCCAGCCUGGCGCCCCUGGACUAUUACCACUGCGGCAAGUUUGAUGGUGAGAGUGCCUACGUGGGGAUGAGUGACGGAAACCCAGAGCUCCUAUCAACCAGCCAGACCUACAACAGCCAGAACGAGAGCAACGAAGACUAUGAGAUCCCCCCAAUAACACCUCCCAGCCUCCCCGAGCCAUCCCUCCUGCACCUGGGGGACCACGAAGCCGGCUACCACUCACUGUGCCACAGCCUCACGCCCAACGGGCUGCUCCCUGCUUACUCCUACCAGGCCAUGGACCUCCCAGCCAUCAUGGUGUCCAACAUGCUGGCCCAGGACAGCCACCUGCUAUCGGGCCAGCUGCCCACGAUCCAGGAGAUGGUCCACUCAGAGGUUGCUGCCUAUGACUCAGGCCGACCAGGGCCCCUGCUGGGCCGCCCGGCGAUGCUGGCCAGCCACAUGAGCGCCCUCAGCCAGUCCCAGCUCAUUUCUCAGAUGGGCGUCCGGAGUGGCAUCGCCCACAGCUCCCCGUCACCCCCAGGGAGCAAGUCGGCGACCCCCUCUCCCUCCAGUUCAACUCAGGAGGAGGAGUCGGAAGCGCAUUUCAAGAUGUCGGGAGAAAAGAGACCCUCCGCCGACCCCGGCAGAAAGGCCAAGAACCCAAAGAAGAAGAAGAAGAAGGACCCCAAUGAGCCACAGAAACCUGUGUCAGCCUACGCGCUUUUCUUCAGAGACACUCAGGCCGCCAUCAAAGGACAGAACCCCAGUGCUACCUUCGGGGACGUGUCCAAAAUCGUGGCCUCCAUGUGGGACAGCUUGGGAGAGGAGCAGAAGCAGGCCUACAAGAGGAAGACCGAAGCAGCGAAGAAGGAGUAUCUGAAGGCUCUGGCAGCCUACAGGGCCAGCCUUGUCUCCAAGAGCUCCCCCGACCAGGGUGAGACCAAGAGCACUCAGGCGAACCCACCGGCCCAAAUGCUGCCACCCAAGCAGCCCGUGUACGCCAUGCCAGGCCUGGCCUCCUUCCUGACACCAUCCGACCUGCAGGCCUUCCGCAGCGGGGCCUCCCCCGCCAGCCUUGCCCGGACGCUGGGCUCCAAGUCGCUGCUGCCGGGCCUCAGCGCAUCCCCGCCCCCGCCCCCUUCCUUCCCUCUCAGCAGCCCCCUGCACCAGCAGCUGCCGCUGCCGCCCCACCCCCAGGGCACCCUCCUCAGCCCCCCCGUCAGCAUGUCCCCAGCCCCCCAGCCUCCCAUCCUGCCCGCUCCCAUGGCACUCCAGGUGCAGUUGGCCGUGAGCCCCUCACCUCCAGGGCCACAGGACUUCCCUCACAUCUCUGAGUUCCCCAGUGGUUCCGGAUCCCGCUCCCCUGGCCCAUCCAACCCCACGAGCAGCGGAGACUGGGACAGCAGUUACCCCAGCGGGGAGUGUGGCAUCAGCACCUGCAGCCUCCUCCCCAGGGAUAAAUCUCUCUACCUCACCUAA